GCGAAUUUGUCAUCUUCAGUUCACUUCAAUUCUUGAGAUCGAUUUGAAAACAAUAGAGCUCAAACAUCUUGGGAUUUUCGACGUUUUAAGUUAAAAAAAAUAUUGCUUUUGACAAAAUGCGUUUGUUUGUGAUUUUAUUCGUGGCUGUUUUUGCUGUGUCGGUGUCGGCUGGAUUCCUUGGCGGUGGUGGAGGUGGAGGUGGUGGUUAUGGAGGCGGCGGUGGUAAUCCUUGGGCUGGCAAACAAGGUGGUGGCGGUGGAGGCUUCGGCGGUGGUGGAAGCUAUGGUGGUGGUGGCCAUGGCGGCGGUGGUGGCAACCCUUGGGCUGGAAAGCAAGGAGGCUUUGGUGGCGGCUAUGGCGGUGGAUUCGGUGGAGGUCAUGGAGGUGGUUCGGGUGGAGGAUUUGGUUCAAACCCUUGGGCUAAUAAACAAGGCGGCGGCGGCGGCUUUGGUGGCAAUCAUGGCGGUGGUGGUGGAUACGGAGGAUCGGGCGGUUUUGGUGGACGUCAUGGAGGCGGUGGUGGAUAUGGAGGUUCCGGCGGUUUUGGUGGAAAACACGGUGGCGGCGGAGGUGGUGGUUAUGGUGGCUCAGGAGGCUUUGGUGGUAGACAUGGAGGUGGUGGUGGCUUUGGAGGUUCCGGCGGCUAUGGUGGUGGUAGACACGGUGGUGGCGGUUUUGGAGGAUCUGGCGGUUGGCAAAACAAGCAGGGAGGUGGAGGCUUUGGAGGAUCUGGUGGCUGGCAAAACAAACACGGAGGUUCCUGGUGAAACCUCAAAAAUCUCAAUUUAGUGUUGUAUUUCAUUGCAAACAUCUUUUGGACUUUAUUUUACAAGCAAAACUGCUGUGUUCCAUUACUUAAUGUGUUCCAUAUUUUUUCUAUUAACGGUAUUAGCCAAAAGUUGAGCAAAAAUAUGUAAAUCUUUUCACAAUAUAAAUAUCAACAUACAAUA